UUAUCUUUAUACUUCAUAGUUUGAGGUAUCAUAAACCCUAGUGAUGAACACUGGGCGAUGACCGACACCGACAUCAAAGUGUCCGAGCUGAACCGAAACCUCUCCUUCGCUCUUUGCUAACUCAGGCCAAACCACUCGAAGUCUGGCCUCAUUCCUCGUACUUUGGCGGCUCGAAUUCUGCUGAGAACGACAAUGGCUGCUUCACUGUCCUCCCAGCUACAAGCGAUCAAGUCCUACGUACAAGCUGAUUCGGAGCCGCUCAAGAGGCCUUUCACUCGCCCUUCCGUUCUAUUCAAUCCCAAAGAGGCCUCGGAUAUCGACAUCGACACCAUACAUGACAUAGCUCUCUCUGGUCUCGAGGUUCUUGUAAAUACCGACCAACGGUUUGGGAACUACAAGAAUGAUUUGUUUAGCCACAAGAGUAAAGAGCUGGACAGAGAGUUGAUGAACCCUGAGGAGAAUGAACGAAUAAACGUGUCUAUCACUUCAUUCCUGCGGCUGCUUUCCAGUUAUCUUCAGCUGGUUUCGUCCCUUAGAACGCUUGAGUAUUUGAUACGAAGAUAUAAGAUACACGUGUAUAAUAUGGAGGAAUUGAUACUUUGCGCAUUGCCAUACCACGACACCCAUGCAUUUGUCCGAAUAGUGCAGCUGCUUAAUUUGGGGAAUACGAAAUGGAAAUUCCUGGAAGGUGUUAAAGUCUCCGGUGCACCUCCACCAAGGCAGGUUGUAGUGCAGCAGUGUAUAAGAGACAUGGGUAUUCUCGAGGUUUUGUGCAAUUAUGCAUCUCCCGCCAAAAAGCAUCAUCCUUCAAGCAUUGUAGUGAACUUUUGCACUGCAGUUGUGAUCGAGGCCGUGGGUUCUCUUGCAGCUGUUGAGAGCGAUGUUGUGAAAAGGAUUCUCCCGUUUGUGAUUUCUGGAAUUCAGCCUGGCAUGAAAGGCGGUUCAGAACACAAGGCCAGUGCCCUGAUGAUCGUUAGCUUACUGGCAAAAAAAGCUGCUUUGUCUCCAAAACUUGUGAAGAGUUUGAUUCGAUCAAUUGCCGACAUAGCUAGAGAGGAGGUAAAAGAUGCUAUGGGGCUACAAUGGGUUCGGUUAUCAUUUAUGGCUCUAAUCAAUCUUCUUCAGUCACAGUCUGUGGAUGUGUUUCCGAAGAAAGCACUGGAGAUUGUGAAGGAGAUAAGGGAUAUUACGGGGAUUCUAUCACAAUUAUCCAGAGAGUUCAACAUAGAUAAAUUUCUUGUCUUGUUUUUGGAGUCUCUGCUCGAGUACAGUUUCUCAGACGCUUCCUGCUGUUCCCUACUGGUAUCCAUAGUUGAGACAGUUCCUCUAGGCAAUGUGGUUGAUUGUUUUGUAUCCAAGGUCCUCUUUUCAUGCCUGAAGUUAUCCCAGAAAAAUGACAGUUCUCCAUCAGAAAUAGGAGUUUGGGCCAAAAAAAUCUUGGUUGUCAUUUUGAAGAGUUAUCCAUCUGAGCUGCAUGAUUCCAUCAGAAAGUUCCUCGAGAAUACAAGACUGCAUCAGGGAAAACAGAAGUCGAUAUCUGAGGUUUUGUCUAAAGUGUUAGAUGGGAAUUUGAGUUCGUCUGUGCCUAUGUUGGAUUCAAAAAUCUGGUUUUCCUUGUACCAUCCUAAGGUUGAGGUCCGAUGCGCUGCAUUGUCUAGUUUGAAUGUUUCUGGCAUCCUAAAAGCUGAUAGUAUCAAUUCACAGGGUUUUGAAACAAUUCAAGAUGCUAUUUCGCGCCAGCUGCAUGAUAAUGACUUAUCUAUUGUUCAAGCAGCUCUAUUACUUAAUGAAUUGCCAAAUGUGGUAAAUCGGACUGAUCUUCUUCAAGCAUUGUGUUCUAUAACACGGAGAUGCAUAGGAAUUCUUGUAUCGAGCUCAGUAAAUAACAGUGCCUUAGCUGGUGAUAUUGUUAUCCUAUGUUUGAAGCACUUGAUAACUAUGUGUGAUGGUUCACUGGAUUCGGCAAAGGAAUUGGCUGCAUUGAUGUUCCCCUUGCUCCUUAUCACGCCCAAGACACAGAUGUACAAUUUGAGGGUUUUGGAAUUAGCGAAGGAAGUGAAGUGGCCCUUGUAUCAAAAUCUACCCAGCCUACCCAGCUCAGAGAAAUUGGAAGCUGGAAGCAUAUCUUCUGCAAAUCUGAGGAUGGUCGAUAGUUUGGCAGAUUUAUUCUCAAAACAACCUCAAGAAUUUUUGCCGUUCCUUGUCCAAAAUAGUAAUGAUUUCAUGAUGUCAAAAACACUUUUCUUUUUGGUUCUCUUGCAGUCAAUUGAGAUGAAAAGGAAAGAUGGGAACCGAGUUUUGGACCUCUUGGAAGCUUGUUUACCAGUUCUGAAAAGUAAUUGGGAAGCUUUUAAAUCCUCCAAAGGCCUGCAUCUAGGAGAGGACAACGUGGAAAUAUGGAGAAGAGAUUGCAUAGGAUUCCUGGAUCAGCUUUUUGAUGUCAAUAUAGAAGAAAUGAAUGGAAAGAUCUUAAUAUGUAUAUUUUGGAGAAUGCUGGAGGCGUUUAUUUCAGUAGUUCCUACUGACCUCUUUUCGCAUGAAGGUGUACAAUGGGUUGGCAAGCUUCGGGAGAUAUUUGUCCUACUUGCAGAUUCAAAUCAGAGACAGGUGCUCAGGGAGCAUCUCCAUUACCUCGUCACAAAUUGCAAGAUUUGUGCAGCCACUUUUCUGUCUCAGUUUUUCACAGAAGAAGGUUAUCCGGUUGCAGUUCAAGUUGAAAGUCUCCUCUGUUUUGCCCAUCUUUGUGGUCAAGCAGAGGAUGCAUUGUCAUUGCAACUUCUAGGCAAAUUUCCGUCACUUCUUGUUCCAUUGGCCAGUGAGAGCCAGGAUAUAAGGAUUGCUGCGAUGAACUGCAUUGAGGGACUAUACACAUUAUGCUCUCGUGUUGACUUGUCUGGGAAGAAAAAUGGGACCAUUGCCAUUUGGAGUCGGUUCCUUGAGGAGCUCUUGGGUUUGAUAAUUCAGCACAAAAGGCUUAUCCUGUCAGACAGGAAGUUCCUUGCUUCAUUUUUGUCAGCUUUGCUUGGCCCAUUGGGCAUUGUUGACCAACUGUUGGUGCCACAGGAUGUAGGAAAUAGGUUAACUCAAUCUACCAAAAAAGAGAUCCUCGAUUUCAUUUUGGAGUCUGCUUUGCAGCUCUCAUCGCAUGGGAAGCUUGUCAUACUGUCCUUGCUCAGAGGAAUAGGGGAAGCACUCAUGCAGGUUAAAGAUGUUGAGCUCUUACUGUCUAAACUUCUGGAAUCUCGUGACCGAUAUUACUUUGAGAGGGAUAAUUCAUACCAGAGAUUGUCAAAGGCUGAUGUUGAAAUCCUAUGCCUUCUACUGAGCUGUACCAUGUCCUCUACAGCCGGAAUUCGCAAUUUUGAGGAUCAUCUAUUGAAGGCUUUGCAUUUUGAAGGGUCUUUUGCUGAAGAUACUGCAGUUGUGCUGCCUUGUAUAGCUGUUCUAAGUAAGCUGAAUAGUCGGAUUUAUGGUGGAUUGACCAUGGAAAUGCAGGAGGCUCUCUUUUCUGUGCUUGUGGUAUUAUUUCGCAAAGGAAAUAGUGAUAUCCAAAUUGCAACUAAGGAGGCCCUUUUACGCUUAGAUGUAGUUGGUUCUACUGUGUCUGAAAUGCUUCUCUCUUUGUCCACAUUUGAAGUUCCAAUAACAUCUCAGAAAAAGAAAAGGAGGUCAGCACGCUAUGACAUUCUGAAAAAGCAUCGCGAUGUCCUCAGUAAAGGCAAAAAUGCAUUCUCUUUCCUCAUCUCCCUCCUUGAUAUUCUGCUUAUGAAAAAAGACAUAACAAACAGGGAGAGUCUAAUAAGUCCAUUGUUUAAGCUUCUGGGCCACACAUUUUCGGACGAAUGGGUACAUUUCAUGGAUGAGAGGUCCAUUCAAGCUGCCUCUGGGAUCUCUGAAGGUACGACUAGCUCAGCGUGUUACGUUCAGCAGAAUCUGCUUUUGGUGCUGGAAGAUAUCUUAUCGUCAGUUGGCGUUAUUCAGUCUAAGGCUCAAAUGCUUGGCAGCAUUGACGUCGAGUUGUUGAUCAGAUGUGCUCAUUCAGCUAAAGAUGGAGUCACCCACAACCACAUUCUCAAGCUCUUGUCCACAAUUGCUAAACUCAUCCCUGACAAAAUUCUGGAUCACAUACAGGAUAUUCUGACUGUUGCGGGAGAAUCAGCAAUUACACAGGUUGACAGUAGUUCACUGCGUGUUUUUGAAGAGCUUAUGUCUUCUCUCUUACCAUGUUGGCUGUCUAAGACAAAUGACAUUGACCAAUUGCUUCAGGUUUUUGUCAAUAUAUUGCCUGAAGUUGCUGAAAAGAGGAGGCUGUCAAUUGUUACUCAUCUCAUGAGGACCUUGGGAGAAAGAAGUCUGGCUUCUUUGCUUUUCCUUCUUUUCCAGUCAUUAAUCACCAGGAAAAGAUUGACUGAGCUAGAUAAUAAAGCCUAUACCUCGCCAGAUUUUAUGGCUAUGAUACAGAUGGAGUGGGAGUAUGCUUUUGCUGUGCAUUUAUGUGAGCAUUAUCCGUGCAUGAUGUGGCUGCCCUCUCUCGUAAUUCUGCUUCGACGACUUGGAAGGGAAAGUUCGGGCACUUUUUGGCCUGUAGAUUUGCUGCUUGUGAUGCUUUUUAUUUCACAAAAGUUGCAAGAUCCGGAACUCGCUUUUGCUCUGGAGUCAAGGGAUGAUUUAGGGACUAUUCAGGGAACGCUAGAGGAACUUAUGGAGCAGGUUGUUUACUUAUGGCAGCUUGUUGAUACUAAGAAGGAAAUAGCAGCUCCUGCCUUCAUCAGAGAAGGCAUAAAGUAUCAUCUGAAUUCUGUCAUAAUAACUACUACAACUGCGAUGAUUCCUUCAUCGUACUUUAAGGGCAUGAUUAAAUUGCUUGAUAAUGCAGACCACAGCGUGAAAAGGAAGGCUCUUGUGCUAUUCUCCAAAAGUAUGAAGCAUCUAGGCUCAACUCCAUCAAAACGAAAGGAGAAAAGAGAAUUUUAUUUAAAUUUGACAAGUAGUUGGCUUCACCUUGAUGAGGGUGCACUUGAAGCUCUUAACAAGAUGUGUUUGGACAUUAUUCAGUUACUUGAUGCAUCAGUGGGAGAUUCCAACACAUCCUUGAAACUUGCAGCAGUUUCAGCCAUGGAAGUUUUGGCCAACCGAUUUCCUUCGAAUUAUUCAAUUUUCAACCAUUUCCUUGCAUCUGUCGUCAGAAAUAUAAAGUCACCAGAUGCCACAGUAUCUUCCAGCUGCCUUCGUACUGCAGGUACUUUAAUCAAUGUGCUUGGGGCAAAGGCACUGAUUCAUCUCCCCAGCAUGAUGGAGAAUGUUAUGAGGACCUUGGACAACAUCUCAAGUUUUAAUGCAGAAAGAAAAGUUGGUGAUGAUGCUUCUAAUAGAUCAUUGAGACCUAGUGAUCUCUUGCUUUCAAUUCUCAUUCCUGUGGAGGCUGUUGUAGACAAGCUUGGUGGCUUCUUGAACCCAUACCUUGAAAGUAUUUGUAAAUUUCUUGUUCUGCAUCCUGAUUUGGUAUCAGGAUCAGACAUCAAGUUGAGAACAAAAGGUGAGACUGUUCGAAAGCUCAUUGCGGAAAAAAUACCUGUUCGCCUUGCUUUGCCGCCUUUGUUGAAUCUGUACUCUGGUGCUGUUGUGGCGGGUGAUUUCAGUUUGACAAUAAUAUUUGAAAUGCUUUCACACAUGGUUGCUACAAUGGAUAGAACAUCUGUUGCUGGUUAUUACAAGAGAAUCUUUGAUCUAUGCUUGAGCGCUCUUGAUCUUCGACGUCAACGCCCUCUUUCGGUCAGGAAUAUCAGUGCAAUCGAGAAAAGUGUAAUCAAUUCAAUGAUUUUGCUGACAAUGAAGCUCACAGAAACGAUGUUCAAGCCUCUUUUUAUCCGGACUGUGGAAUGGGCAGAGUUGGAAGUUGAUGAAAGUGAAAAUAGAGGCAGAAAUCUGGAUAGGGCGAUAUCAAUGUAUGGAUUGGUAAAUAAGCUUGCUGAAAAUCAUCGAUCCCUAUUUGUCCCUUACUUUAAGUACUUGCUGGAGAGUAGUGUGCGCCAUCUUGCCGAUGCUGAGGAAGCUUCCUUGAGUUUGAAGCAAAAAAAGAAGAAAUCCAAAAUUUCCGAAACUGGAGUUAAGGUGAAAGAGGCAAACAGUGGGCUAUCACUGCAGAAGUGGCAGAUAAGGGCAUUAGUCUUGUCAGCCCUGCACAAGUGUUUUCUUUAUGAUACUGGGUCUUUGAAGUUGCUCGACUCCUCAACUUUUCAGGUUUUGCUGAAACCUAUUGUAUCUCAGCUUGGAGCUGAACCGCCACAUUCGGUAGAAGACCACCCUGAUGUACCGUCAGUGAAAGAAGUUGAUGACUUAGUAGUUAUUUGCACUGGUCAAAUGGCUGUUACUGCUGGAUCUGACCUUCUCUGGAAACCUUUGAAUCAUGAGGUACUGAUGCAAACCAGAAGCGAGAAGGUCCGAUCUCGUAUUUUGGGCCUGAGAAUCGUGAAGUAUCUUCUCGAGAACCUGAAAGAGGAAUAUCUCAUAUUUCUGCCAGAAACAAUACCUUUUCUAGGGGAAUUGCUUGAAGAUGUGGAGCCAACAGUUAAAUCUCUUGCGCAAGAGAUUUUGAAGGAGAUGGAAUCUAUGAGUGGUGAAAGCCUUCGUCAAUAUCUAUGAUUAUUGAUCUUUUCACUUGAUGGCAGCCUUUUCAAAGGCUAAUGCAUGUUGCUGUAGGCAUGGUCUUUGAGCCAAUGAUUCAAAAAGAUUGUAAUGGAUUAGGUUGUUAAUAUGUCAAUAUUCUGUUUAUUACUCUAGCCCCUGCAAUUUUGAAGGUCAGCAGGACUAACAGUUCAAUGAUGUUGGACAGUUCCCGUCUGCAUGGCUGUUGUAGUUUGAAAAGAUUGCAAGGGAAGUUCGUGAUGCAGUGUUCCCUGUUUCACUAUUUCAUCUGCA